AUGAUCCUUAUCGGUACUGUCCCUGUUGUGUUGCAAAAUGAUCCUUAUCCCGUGCUGCAAAAUGAUCCGGGUACUCAUUUGAAGCCACAGGAGCCUCGUUCGUCCAAUGGUUUGAAGCUGAUUCACGAGCUGGCACCAAAGGGCUUGAAGUGGAAAGUGGUCUUGAGUGACGAGUCGCGUCGCAGCUACGCGUCUUUCAUGCCAUCUCCAGUUCCAAGUGCUCGUUUGGGCGACUUUUUCAAGACCAUCUAUGGCAAGACGGCGUGGGAACAACCUGAAGGUCCGCAGGGACUGUUGCCUCGUAAGACAGUUUGGAUGGUGAAAAGUGGCUGCCAAUGCCCUUACAGAUAUGGUGGUGUCACUAUCAAACCACAGGAAUUUCCUGACUGGAUGACUGAGCUCCUUCGAACUUACAUGCCCUACUGUGGCAAGAGCGAGGAGGAAUGGCCAGAUAGCUGCAAUGUGAAUCUUUAUGAGGAUGGAUCGCAUGCGGUGGGCUGGCACACUGAUGAUGAGGCUCUAUUUCAAAGUCUCCAUCAAGAUGUUGCCAUAGUUUCGCUGUCUUUAGGGCAGCCAAGAAAAUUUGACUUAAGGAAGAACUGGCCGGAGGAAGGUGAGAGGCUUCAAGAAAGGCUGCAUUUGGGAAACGGUGCGUUGGCGACAAUGGAGGCAAGGGAUGGCAAGGGAUCUAGUCCUCGUAUCAAUCUCACCUGGCGAUGGAUCAAGAAGCAUGCAGACGUCAAGGAGAACAAGGACCAUCAGGUUUUAGACACUUUGGAUGCAGAGGGAUCUUGCAUUUUUACGCGGACGCGCGGCGCCGUCACCGAGAAGGGUUUGUGGCAUAGAUAUGUCCACGUUUGGGUUCUCAACCUGCCAGACAGUGCUGUUCUCAUGCAGCUUCGCGCUCCAGAGAAGAAACGAUUUGGAGGAAUGUGGAAUUGCACCUCAGGCUUCGUGAUGUCUGGCAUGCCGUCCUUAGAAGCAUGUAAGCAUCACUUGGACACGGAAUCUGGCCUGCGCUACGAGGACCAUAUGUAUGAAUUUGUUUUUAGUUGCAAAAACACCUCGGUCGCCAACGGCGAGGAAAUCAAGCAAUUGAUAGAUGUCUACGUGGUGUCUCUGAAGCGGCCGCCUGAGCUUCAUAAGAUCUACUACGACAUCAAGGAAGCCACCGAGUUGAAAUAUGUAGGAAUUGGAGAGUUGGAGCAGGCAUAUCAGAAUCAGGAUCCGAACUUUGUGCUGGUUUCCACUCCAGAAUAUGCGAGAAGGUUGUUCCACUUUCUGCACAAAAAGAUUCGGAUCUAUAUUGAGAUGUUGCCCAAGAUAGACUCAGAUGAGGAACGACACAACAAGAAAGGUCAGCAAUUGCUGGAUCGAAUUGGAGAUGUGAACAAGCUGCGGCGGGCACAGGAUUUGGGUGUAGUAGUUGAACCCUGCAAGAGAAUUGAUGCAUACAGCGAGAGCGUUUGGCAUCGAGCAGUUCAUGUUUGGGUCUUUGACGUCGAAUCCUGCCGGCUGUUGCUUCUGCUACGCUCGCCAAAGAAGCGGCACUUCGGAGGGCGCUGGAACUGCUCCACGGGACACAUCAAGAUGGGAGAUCCAGCCCUUCCAACAGCCCUGAAGUCAGUAAAAGAUGAUGUUGGACUUGGCAAUGUCACGGAGAACGAUUUCGAGUAUCUAUUUCAGACCUUGGUCGAGAUGGACACUGGUGGCGACGCCUUCUUGAAACAAGUUGUCGACGUGUACUUGCUGUCAGUUCCAAACGAGGAGACAUGCCCUGUAAUUCCAGACUUGACGAGCCUCUCCUUGGCAAAGGGCGAGGUCGACCAGGUCAUGUACCUUGAGCUGGACAGGUUGCAAGAGGUCUACACCACAUCACCGCCUCCACAUGACUUUGUGGUCUUCCCUGGCGACGAUUAUCAGACGCGUUUUUUCUUCAACCUUCGGCAGAGGCAUAAGAAGUACCUCGAAAAAGUGGCUGAACCGCCCAUGUUUUAA